AUGCUGCUCCAUGGAUCGGGGUGGAUGACGGGGACCGCCCUCGCGGCGUCGCGCCCGUGGCGGUUGUGGCCGAGGCGACGUGGGGUUGUGCAGUCGGUUCCAGAAUGUCACUGCCUGUGUUGGUGUGCUCUCAAAGUGGGGUUGCCAUCAGGCCAAUCACCAAAAUUGGUUGCUGCUGGAAAGGAUGUUUCAUUGCGAAGAGCUUCCUUCAAGGUAGCAGGGGGCUUGGGAGCGGAGGCUCACACAGCCAUUGUGGCUGACACCACUAUGGACGGUGACAGUGAACAGGUUGACACAACUGCACCAGACCGUGAUCUGGAGGUGUGGACUGAAGAUCUGAGCACAGAUCAACAGGGUGGCUCAAACUCAGGUGACAGUGUUCGCAGUCCAAUUUCAACUGAUGCAAAGCGCUCCAGAGGUGAGGAUGGGGACAUGAAGCUGGUCGAUUUAGGGAGCGUUGGUAAGGAUGAGAAAAUUUUGGAGCAUCUGGAGGGCAUGCCAGACCUCAUACACUUGGAGGACAUCGACUUGGACGUGUUAGAUGAGAUGCUGGAUGAGGAGUAUGUGGACAUCGGAGAAUUGGACAUUCCAAGUCGACGAGGGGAGAGUGGGAAGAGGCGAGGCAGGCGCAAGGGGGUGGCCUUGCCACAUGUGCACAGGGCCAAGAUUAGGCUGGCUAUGCGCGGGAGAAAUAAGUACAGGAGGUCACUUGAGCACAGGACAAAAAUCGCGCAGAGCAUGAGGAAGAUGUGGAAGAAGCGAAGGGAGGGCGCAAAACCUGCCCGGCAGACCACUGUCACGUGCUCGCUGUGUGGAGCAGUGGGACACAACAAGAGGACUUGCCCAAGGGCGCUGGUUGACGCAGCCUCAGCUACCCAUCGGUGCAGCUUCUGCCAACAGCAGGGGCACAACAUCAGAACCUGUCCUUUGUUGAAGGCUCUCAAGGCAAAGAAAGAUAAGCAGGAAGCCCUACCUAUGGCAUCGAAAACCAUACCUGCACUACGAGAAGAGGAACAGUGGAAACGUGAACUGCAGCCCCUGGAACUUAUGGAACAUCCUCGUGUGCUUCAACCCGUUGAAGUGCAACUAAGCCAAGAGCCUUCCAAAACCCACUCGGUGCCCCUCCAGGCCCAAUCCAUCUGCCAAGAGGCGGCGCAGGCAUGCCUUCGAGCCUGGAGGGCUGGCGUUCGACGACAAAGGCUCGAUCUCCAGGUGUCUAUGCUGGAUGUGGCUGAUCUGCGUGGGUCACUGGGCUGGCCAGGAAGUAUCCAGCAGCAGUUUCGGGCUGUGACACCCCUUGUGGAGUCCAUUUUGUUGGAGUUGAAGCGCCAGCAGGGCCUGGAGGGUCGCCUCGAGGCUCAAGUGCUUGAUGAGGGCGAUGCUGUUGGAUGCUGGGAAAGCAAGAAAGUUGCUGCUGUGCUAUUCCCUGUCUCUGACACGGUCGACCAAAUCAGGGGACUGGACAGAGGCUAUGGCGGCAAUAGACUCCUGUUGAUGAUCAACCCACAGUGGCAGCCAGGGCAGGUUGUGUCGGACUUCGGCUUUGGUGUGCAGCGGAAGCUGCGAGAGGAUUUUGUGGACUCGUUUGAGAAGGUGUUCUUCCAGAAAGAGAUUAAUAUCUUCAACGAUCGGGUGCUCCUUCUUCGAUGCUACCCUGGCGAUUGGCAGGUCCACUUGGUGCAGCGUUCUGGGCAGAUCGAGCUGAUCAGCACCCAGCCCUGUGAGCCACAGUACGAGGAGCUGCUGGAUCUUCUGAGGCGAUUGGACGGCUCGAUGACCCAGAUGAGCUGGAUCGAGCGGCUCCAGAUGAAACUCCUCCGCGAGGACGUCCCAAAGGGGGCACCCCAGAGCAGAACGUGCGCACAGGCCAAGCAGGUCACGGCCCCUCCCGCAGACACAGAAGACCCCGCUGUGGACAUAGUUACUGGGCACUUGGUUCGGGACCUCAAGAUGGACCCUAUGCGCUAG